AUGAUCGGGUCUUGCACCACCUCUAUACUGCUUGGACUUCUUCCUCUUGCCAUUGCCGCUCCUGUGAGAACAACGGGCAGUGUCAACCCAACACAAGUCAUCUCUGUCGAUUUCGCCGAUCCUGAUCUUCUGCAAGUCGGAACUCAAUGGUGGGCUUUUGCCAGCAACAACCACAAGACAAUUGCCGCAGUUGGCGGCAGUUUGAUCAACGUCCAAGUCGCUCACUCUCCAGAUUUCAACUCAUGGUCGGUGACAGGGACCGACGCAUUGCCCACAGUUGGUGCUUGGGUCGAUCCUAAUGCUGGCAACCAAGGUGCAGCUGUUUGGGCACCAAGUGUCAGCAAGAACAAGAAAGGUCAAUAUGUUAUGACCUACUCAGCUGCUGUCAAAGGAAGCCCGGGCAAGCACUGCAUUGGUGCUGCGCUGGCUACUCAGCCUCAAGGUCCUUACACACCGCAAGCCACUCCUCUUGUCUGUCCGCUUGAUCAGGGCGGCGCAAUCGACUCCGACAACUUCAUGGAUGUUGACGGAACGCAAUAUGUUGUAUAUAAGGUCGAUGGAAACUCUAUCGGGCACGGAGGCAGUUGCGGCAACACUGUCGCUCCCAUCGUGAACACUCCCAUCAUGCUUCAGAAGCUCGCUGGCGAUGGUGUCACUCCUGUUGGCAGUCCUGUCAAGCUUUUGGACCGUGGCGAUCUUGAUGGCCCUCUGAUUGAGGCGCCUUCUCUCAUGCGUACCUCCAACGGCAAAUAUGUGCUAUUCUUCAGCAGCAAUUGCUUUGCGUCUUCGAAUUACGACGUUACCUACGCAUUUGCCGACAAUAUCAACGGGCCCUAUGUCAAGCUUGGUCCUAUAAUGGUAACCGGCACCGACAACUUGUACUCCCCUGGUGGUCAAUCUGUGGCUGCUGAUGGCAAGCACAUGAUGUUCCAUGCCGGCGAUGUUGGUCCCGCGAACAUGGGAUGGAGAGCUGCAUACACGCAGAUCAUUACCGUGGACACUGUUCGCCAAGUCGUAUCAUCUUAG